AUGUAUGGGACAAGGACUGAUGAUGAUCUUAUAGAUUUCUCCUUCCUGGAUUUUGCACUAGAGACCUUUAAACCAACCUCAAACCUAUCUGAUGACCCAUUCCUUAACAUAUUAUGUGAUGAAAAUAUGCUAAGGAGGACUGUUGAUGGAAUGGUAGAUGAUGGUAACGAAGUUGGUGUUAAGGAGCUACAGCAUGAUCAUAUUGAUGAUCAAAAUGAUUGUGAAGUGGGUGUAGAAUUAAAUCCAUAUGUGACAUACAUCAAUGUGCUAGGAAUUAUAAUUUUGGAUGUUCGGUUAGUUGCAACUGGUUAG